ACCACUCAAAUCACUCUCCCUCCUACCUUCAACAGUCACUAUCAAUUGCCAACAAAACCACAUUGCUUUUCCACACUCUCACUGUUAACUCUGUUGCUUCCAUUGUCUCUUUCUCUAUCUCUUUGUCUUUGCUUCUUGUAAAAAUCUAAUCUUUCUUCUUCUUGCUAUAUUGGGCCGAGCUUUGUUCAGCUCCUCACUGCCAUUUCUGAAUGGACACUGGGUUUAACGCAGAACCAGUGGAAAGGGGUGAAGCUCUGAGGAAGAGAUAUGGUGGUGGUGGUGGAGGAGGAGGAAGAGGAGGAGCAGCACCUCCCGUUUCAGGCAGAGUGGACCCAUUUGUGCCAAGGAGUGAGCACAGUCCAAGAGAGUUGAGAUCAUGGGCAAAGAGAACAGGUUUUGUUUCUGAUUACUCGAAUGAAGUAGGGUCCACCAGUGCAAGUGAAAAGUUUGAACCUUUGGAAAGGAACAACCUUCACCAGGGGUCUUCUCCUAAGAUAGAGAUAGAUCCAAUACUUGGGAGGUUGAGAAACAACAGAGGGAAUGAGAUCCAACCAGCUUCACAUGGAGUAGCCACUACUACUAGGACUGAGAAUGUUAAUGGUAAUAGUAAUGGUGAUGGUAAUGGGGUAGCAUUAGGGAUUGGAAGGAGGGGAAAUGAGAAUGAACCUGUUUUAGCUAUGGCUCCUGAUGGUGAGAGGAAGGUUGGUUUGAGAGGGAAUGGUAAUGCUAAUGCCAAUGGGAUGGUGAAUAGGGAUGGCAAUGGUCAUGGAACUUCUGUGGUUGCACCUGUGCCGGAGCAGAAGGAGGAGGAGGACGUGGAGGGUGAUGUAGCACAAGGAGAUUUCAAGGUGAAUCUUUAUCCUGAAGGGGAGGAGCCUGUUGAUGGUGGAGGGUGGCCCGGACCGGAAGAAUUGAAGUGCAGGCUCACAGAAAAUCCUGGUUUUGUAUAUCUCUUCUAUUAUGGCCUGCAACACUAUCUAUCAUUGGCUGGCUCACUUGUAUUAAUCCCUAUAGUUAUGGUACCUGCCAUGGGUGGAACAGAUAAGGAUACUGCUACUGUAAUUUCGACAAUGCUGUUUCUUUCUGGAAUAACGACCAUACUGCAUUCAUACUUUGGUACUCGUCUGCCUUUGGUUCAAGGAAGUUCAUUUGUGUAUUUAGCACCGGCUUUGGUUAUUGCUAAUGCUCAAGAAUAUCGGAAUCUUACAGAGCAUAAAUUUAAGCACAUAAUGAGGGAACUCCAAGGAGCUAUAAUAAUUGGUUCGAUGUUCCAGUCUCUCCUGGGAUUUAGUGGUUUAAUGUCUCUUCUACUCAGGUUAAUCAACCCAAUAGUUGUUGCCCCAACUGUUGCCGCCGUAGGCUUAGCUUUCUUCAGCUAUGGUUUUCCACAAGCUGGCACUUGUAUAGAAAUUAGCAUUCCACUCAUAGCACUGGUUCUGAUAUUCACUCUGUAUCUGCGUGGAAUAUCUAUCUUUGGGCGCCACUUGUUUCGAAUUUAUGCUGUUCCUCUUAGUGCAAUAAUAAUAUGGAUAUAUGCAUCCUUUUUAACAGCUGGAGGAGCAUACAAUUAUAAAGGAUGUGAUCCCAACAUACCAAGUUCCAAUAUUCUGUUGGAUGCUUGUAGAAAGCAUGCAUAUACGAUGAAGCAUUGCAGGACCGAUGUCUCCAAUGCAUUGUCAACCGCAGCAUGGGUCAGAAUUCCUUACCCUUUACAAUGGGGUGUCCCUAUUUUCAGUUUUAGGACUUGCAUAAUCAUGAUCAUAGUGUCACUCGUUGCUACUGUGGAUUCGGUUGGGACAUAUCGUACUACGUCUCUGCAAGUUAAUUUAAGGUCUCCAACACCAGGAGUCGUGAGCCGAGGAAUUGCAUUGGAGGGUUUCUGUAGUAUAUUGGCUGGUAUUUGGGGUUCAGGUACUGGAUCAACAACUUUGACAGAAAAUAUGCACACAAUUGAUAUAACAAAGGUGGGGAAUCGAAGAGUAGUCGAACUUGGAGCAGCUUUCUUGAUCCUGUUUUCAUUUAUGGGAAAAGUUGGUGCCCUUCUUGCUUCCAUUCCACUGGCCUUGGCUGCUUCUAUACUGUGUUUCAUGUGGGCUCUUACUGUGGCAUUAGGCCUGUCGACAUUGCAGUAUUGUCAAUCAACGAGCUUCAGGAACACAGCAAUAGUUGGUGUCUCAUUGUUCCUUGGCAUGUCCAUUCCAUCUUAUUUUCAACAAUACCAACCUGAAUCUAUCUUGAUCCUUCCCAGUUAUUUGGUUCCCUACGCAGCUGCAUCGAAUGGACUGUUCCAUUCAGGCUUUAAACAACUUGAUUUUGCAAUCAAUGCUCUUAUGUCCAUGAACAUGGUGGUUACCAUGUUGGUAGCAUUCAUACUGGACAACACUGUACCAGGCAGCCAACAAGAACGAGGGGUGUACGUGUGGUCGCGAGCCGAAGACUUCACAGCUGAUCCCUCGCUGCCAUCCGAGUAUUCACUGCCUAAGAAAUUUGCAUGGUGUUGCUGCGGAUUAAAGUGUUUGGGAGUCUAAUUCUUGGUAACAUUUCC